AUGUGGGCAAGGAAUCUUAUGGCAAAAGCCUUAUAUGACAAUGUCCCAGAGUGUGCUGAGGAACUGGCCUUCCGCAAGGGAGACAUCCUGACUGUCAUAGAGCAGAACACUGGAGGACUGGAAGGAUGGUGGCUCUGCUCCUUACACGGUCGGCAAGGGAUUGUCCCAGGCAACCGGGUGAAGCUUCUCAUUGGGCCCAUACAGGAGACCUCCUCCAGUCAGGACCAGCCUACUGCUGGACUGAUGCACCAGGCCUUUGGCCAACAGAAGCUCUAUCAAGUGCCAAACCCACAGGGUGCUCCUCGAGAUAUCAUCUACCAAGUACCACCUUCCUACCAAAAUCAGGGAAUUUAUCAAGUACCCACUGGCCAUGGUAUCCAGGAACAAGAUGUGUAUCAAGUACCACCAUCCGUGCAAAGAGGCAUUGGAGGGGCUAAUGGUCCCCAGUUUAGUAAAAAGGUGGUAACCCCGGUGAGGACAGGCCAUGGCUAUGUGUACGAGUACCCAUCCAGAUACCAAAAGGACAUCUACGACAUCCCUCCUUCCGCUCAAGGGGUAUAUGAUAUCCCUCCAUCAUCGGUGAAAGGCCAGGUGUUUUCCGUUCCAAUGGGAGAGAUGAAACCUCAAGGGGUCUAUGACAUCCCUCCUAUUAAAGGGGUAUAUGCCAUUCCACCCUCUGCUUGCCGAGAUGAAGCAGGGCUCAGGGAAAAGGAGUAUGAUUUCCCCCCUCCAAUGAGACAAGCUGGAAGGCCAGAUGUCAGACCUGAGGGUGUAUAUGACAUCCCCCCGGCCAGUACCAAACUGGUGGGGAAUGACCUUCACAUGAAAUAUAGCUGUGAUGCUAUGGGAGCUGCAGAAUUGGUAGCACAAAGACACCCAAGCAUUUCCCUGAAACACCCGCCCUCACAGGUGGGACCGUCAGGGGCCACUCAGAACGAUGCGUAUGAUGUCCCUCGAGGGGUACAGUUUCUGGGACCACCAGCAGAAACCAGUGAGAAAGCAAACCCUGAAGAAAGAGAUGGUGUUUACGACGUCCCUCUGCACAACCCAGUGGACGCCAGGAGCGCUCAGGACGUGGUGGAUGGAAUCAACCGGCUAUCCUUCUCCAGCACAGGCAGCACCAGGAGUAACAUGUCCACGUCCUCCACCACCUCCAAGGAGUCUUCACUGUCAGCCUCCCCCUCUCAGGACAAAAGGCUCUUACUGGAUCCGGACACAGCCAUUGAGAGGCUCCAUCGGCUCCAGCAGACCCUGGAGAUGGGCGUCUCCAGCCUAAUGGCGCUGGUCACGACCACGGACUGGAGGUGCUACGGAUACAUGGAGCGGCACAUCAAUGAGAUACACACGGCAGUGGACAAGGUGGAGUUGUUCUUGAGGGACUACCUGCAUUUUGCCAAGGGCGCUGUAGCAAAUGCUUCCUGCCUCCCAGAACUCAUCCUCUAUAACAAAAUGAAGCGAGAGCUGCAGAGAGUGGAAGACUCCCACCAGAUUCUGAGCCAAACCAGCCAUGACUUAAAUGAAUGCAGCUGGUCCCUGAAUAUCCUGGCGGUCAACAAGCCCCAAAACAAGUGUGAUGAUCUGGACCGCUUUGUGAUGGUGGCAAAAUCGGUGCCUGAUGAUGCCAAACAGCUCACCACAACCAUCAACACCAAUGCAGAAGCCCUCUUUAGACCGGGCCCUGGCAGCUCCCAUGUGAAGAAUGGGCCUGAGAGCAUCAUGAACUCCACUGAGUACCCUCAUGCUGGACCCCAGAUGCAGCUGCUGCAUCCUGGAGACCACAAGGCCCAGACCCUCAACAAGGCAUUGCCCCCACACCUGAGCAAGGAUCAGCCCGUAGCUGACUGUAGCAGCAGUGAUGGCUCUGAAAGGAGUUGGAUGGAUGAUUAUGAUUAUGUCCACCUACAGGGUAAAGAGGAGUUUGAAAGGCAACAGAAAGAGCUGCUGGAAAAAGAAAAUAUCAUCAAACAGAACAAGAUGCAGCUGGAACAUCAUCAGCUAAGUCAGUUCCAGCUGUUGGAACAAGAGAUCACAAAGCCCGUGGAAAACGACAUGUCCAAGUGGAAGCCCUCGCAGAGCCUCCCCGCCGUCAGCAGCAGCGUGGGCGCCCAGGACAGGCAGCUGCUUUGCUUCUACUACGACCAGUGCGAGACCCACUACAUCUCCCUGCUCAACGCCAUGGACGCACUCUUCAGCUGCGUCAGCUCCGCCCAGCCCCCGCGCAUCUUCGUGGCGCACAGCAAGUUUGUCAUCCUGAGCGCGCACAAACUGGUGUUCAUCGGAGACACGCUGACCAGGCAGGUGGCUGCCCAAGACAUUCGCAAUAAAGUGAUGAACUCCAGCAACCAGCUCUGCGAGCAGCUCAAGACCAUAGUCUUGGCGACUAAGAAGGCCGCCCUCCACUACCCCAGCACCACGGCCUUGCAGGAGAUGGUGCACCAGGUGACAGACUUGUCCAAGAACACGCUGCAGUUCAAGCGCUCUCUGCUGGAGAUGGCAACAUUCUGA